GUUGGUUUGUUGCAUGUUCUUGGGAACUAUAUUCUUGGAAACCAGCCAACAAUCAAGAUCCCUACAAGUUACCUCAACCUGGUAGACAACAUUGAAGAGUUCAAUAAGUAUCCGUGGGGCGACGUUGUGUGGGAAGACUUGGUAGAAAAGCUUCCCAAAUGUGCAGCGUUAGUAUUUGAAGGGAAAAAUAAAAGGCCAUCAUUUCCAGGCUACAUUUUUGCUCUUCAAAUAUGGGCAUUUGAGACGUUUCCAGAACUGAGAAGAUCAAGAGUGUGCAUUAAAAAGCCAUGCAACUAUUUGCCCAGGACGCUUAAUUGGUCAGCCCCAUCAAGACCAUCAUCCCAAUUGCUUGACGAACUUGUAUUUCGUAAUGAGGAGUUUCAAUGGGACGCUAUGGUACCCACAGAAGAGGAGUUGAAAGACGAACGUAUAGUGAAUGCUUUGGAAAAAAUCAGAAACGAAAAAGCGUGCGGAAAUGCAGUGAGUAACAGAGAGAAACGUGGUGGCGCAGAAGGCACACGUAGGAAGAAAAACCAGACAAAGGUUGGAGGAAAAAGAAAAUCUAAGCGGUUUGACGUUGGAGGUUCUGUCAAUGCAAUUCCAACAAGCACUGAUGGCAGUGAAAGUUUGCUGAUUGCAUUGAGACAACAAGGUGAACGAAUUGAGAAGCUGGAACAUACCAUUAAAAAGUUGUGUGAUUUACAAGUGAAGCAAGCGAGUAUGAUUAAAAAGUUGCUGGUUAAUGUUAAAAAAGGGAAGGCUGGUGUGAUAGGCAAGUUUAACUUUUUAAGAAAGAAACGAGAGCCAAGGUAUCAGGACAUUCCAUCAUUUGACCUUGCACCGGAGUUCAAUGAGGCAAAUGAUGGAGUUGAGCAAAAGGAAGCUGCAGAUGUGUCGAUGGAGUUUGUG